UCUCAAAAAAAAAAAAAAAAAGAAAAGGUGUCCUCUUAACUGGCCCUGUCCUAAUUCUGUAAUGUGACCAUAUUCAAUGGAACAGUAAGAGAAAAAAAAAAUGAUCUGUGCAUUUUGUAUCCGUUGGUCAGAGGGGUUGUAGUAAAGUUCUUUCUUUAGCAAAACAGAUUUCUGGAGGUUUUGAAAGUCACUCUAUUGUGUCAGCAGGCUGAAUUCAUUAUAAUUUCUCCAUCUAAUUAUUUAGAAGGGCUGGAGACAGAAGAGAGCGAGUUAAGUGGCCCUCUAGCCCAUGCAUUUCAUGUAACCCCUGGUUCUGGCUCUUACCCUGCUUCCUGUAAGGGGGCGCUCCCUGAGGCAGGCCCUUUGCAGGAGGACCCAGAAUUGCCCUGCUUAGUCUGGGACAUCCUCAAGAUGGUUGCCAGUCUCUGGAAGGCUUGUGGAUCCUGCCAGGGAUGGCCCAGAGCUAGUCUCAACCCAAAUCAGUGGAGUUUGGCCAAAUCUGGACAUAAGAGAUCAAAUGGAUAUUGAGGUCAGUGGAUUCUACUCUGGAGAGCGCCCUGCGAAUCAAGUGUGGGCUUUUUUCUCCUUUGGCCUAUAUGCUGUUCUUUCUGCUACCACUGUCGUUGAAGUGUAAUCACUGAAAUCUACUUCUUUAUCUGUUCCUGUACUUUGCACCCCUGGUACCUUCCAAAGCUUCACACUCCAAAGCCUCUUUCAUUUGUAAGAUCAAGUUCUUGUUCCACUGAGUUUGCAAACCAGGGAGUUUUUCUCUCCCAGGCUCCCAAAGUUUUCACGUUUACUUUGCAUUUUAGAAGAUGAAGUUUCAGGCUGGCUUCACCAGCCGCUGGACAGAGUUUCCAUGUAGGACACCUGGUGUACCAUCAUUCCAGGGCCGUUGCCCUUAGUUUAUCCUAGCAUGUGAGAAGUGUAGUUUGACAUCCAUUCAUUUAUUCAUCUCACAAGUAUUUAUUGAGUACCUACUUAUUAGAGCUAAUCUCAAAUUCUGUGCAAUCAUUACUCUGAGUUAUGCCAUAGGAUGGAGUAGAUCUGCAGUGAUCUAACCUGAAAAGGCAUUUUGAAAUCUUAAUUGCCUGCUGGAACCUCCCCCUGGCACUGCUUCCCAUGGGCCAGUGUGACUGUGCACACCCACACCCUCCCUACUGGGGAGUGACCCCAGCAUUAGGCGAUUUUACCUAAAAGCCAGUCCCACAGCACAGGCUCUGAAGCAGAACAGAAAGUGCCCGGGUCUGCAGGCAGACACACUUCUGUUCCUGGCUGCAGCUCCAACCAGCUCUGUGAAAUUGGGCGAGUCAUUUCACCUCUGUUCCUCCAUUUCCUCAUUUCUAAAAUGGGAUGAGGACCUGACCCUUCCACCUUUGUACAGUUAUUAUGAGGAUUUCCGUAUUUACUUGGGUCAAGCUGCCAAUUUUUCUCAGCAGUUAUAUCGACAAUGCAGGUGCACUGGCCAGGAAGAAUAAUCGCCUAAUUUGGGGCCUUCAGAAUGUGUCUUUUGAUCUUGCAUCCAAGUGUGCAUACUGAGACAGGGUGGGCAGCAGGAGCCAGUUGGAAGGGGUGGAAACUCACUAAUGUGAAAAGACCGUCCCCACGUUCUAUCUUCUCUGGGGACCAACCUGUUCACAGAAAUCACUAUCCCGUACUUACUGUUAGUGGUGUAAUGUUGUCCUCUGCCUGGAGAGGUGGAAGAGUGGUGUGCCAAGGCCACCAGUCUUAAGUCAGACUACCUUGGGUUCAAGUCCUGGCUCUACAAGUUGGCAGCUGUGUGAUGUUAGGCAGGUUACUUGACCUCUCUGUUUCAGUGUUCUUUUCAGUAAAAUGGGAAGAUAGUAACCACCUCAUUGACAUUAAACAGCACCUGGUGAUUACCAAGCAUGAAGGUGGUGGUGAUUGGCAGGAAACCUGUGACAUCACUUAGCCCCUUGCCUUCCUUGAUCCCUUUUCAAAAACCUAUGUUUGCACACACUCCUUCCCCCUGCAGUUCCCUCCCACCUGCCUCCUCUCCUCCCUUUCUCGCUUUCUUUUUUCUAUUUUAAAAUAUUUUAAAAUACAGUAGAGACCUCGACACUAGACUUGUUUAGAAGACCUCACGGAGUGGAUAAUGAAUUCUCUGAAGAUGGUACUGGUAAGGUCUCUGGAGUACACAUGAUGGGCCAGGCUAAGGUUAGGGGCAAUAACUUUUUCUUAGGAAGUUUGGUUUACUAGGUCUCCCUUAGAGUUGGGCCCUUCACCCCUAUUACUUGUUUAAGGGAGGUUUCAAGUGCAUUCAGAGGGAAAGGGAGAUGAUUGUGGAACUCCUACUAUGAGCUAAGUGCUCUUAUGUUAGCUCCUUAGGCUUGACAUAAAAACUUCAUUCAGGGAACAAGCCCAGUCUCCUGUGGGGAGUGGGGAGGGAGCCCUCUCAGGAAGGCUGAGGCCUGCCUGUCUGCCCUUCCCAGUACUGCUGGCAGCGUUGUGGGACGCACCACUGGGAAAGCUAAAAGGCCUAGCCUAUCUAGGUAAGAAGAGGAGGAGGAGGAGGAGGCCUUGGAUCCCCCAGGGAGCAAUCAGCUGGCUGCAGAGUGGGGAGGGCCUUGAGCUGGUCUUUGAAGAAUUAGGAGGAUUUAGAUAAGCCGGAAGGGGAGGGGGCAUUCCACGCUGGUUGCCCAGCAUCGGGGCCAAAACUGAACAAAGGCCUGGGGGUGGGCAGGGCAGCCGGCAUGAAGGGCACUUGUUGGAGCAGGGGGCAGCUGGUGGGGAACGGGGUGCCAAGCAUGGGUGCCUGAGCCCACUGUCAGUCCCGGGGAGAGCGCGGGAGGGAAGUUUGUGAGCUGGGGAAGGACGGGAUGAGACGAGAUCUGUGAAAAAGGCGAGUGGCAAGGGGCGAGGGCUGGACUGGAGAGGCUGAGGGAGACCAGUGGCGGAAAAGCUGCAGCAACGCAGGUGGGAGGUGCUGAGGGCCUGGCCCCCAAGGCAGGAGGGGAGAGCAAAGGAGGUGAGGAAGGCUUCAGAGAUGGCCUCUAGGUUUCCAUGGUGAAGGACCAGAAAAUAAGGCCAAUGGGAGGCGGGGAGGGGGCAGCCUUAGAGGCAGGAACAAGGAGGAGUAGGGUUGGUUUGGGCCACGUUGAUAGCAGUGGUUCAAAAUGCUUUUCUUUUCUGCUUAUUUUUAAAGGGAGAGGGCAGGCUUCACUCAUGGUUUUGUAUUCAAAGUUUCAGUGGCUCCCCGGGAGGAACUUCAGUGGAGAAUCCUCAGGAGCGGAGGGAAUGAUCACAGCCCCACAGUUCCUUCUGGUUAUUUUUAAGGUUCUAACCAUCCCUGUUCAGGCCGGAAUUUCCAGGAACUGGCUGCUGCCCAGAGCCAACUGCUCCCUCCCAGCCUCCCACUCCCUGCAGGGUGGGGCCCCAUGGGUGGAGGCUCCUUAGGGUGGAGUUGGGUGGGUCUCCAGUGAUAGGGAGGGCACUGAGCAGAGGCAGAUGAGAGGCAGCGUGGCCUCACGCAGCCCUUCUGGAUUUGAUUAUAUAACACUUCACAGAAGAGAACUGUGAGGGCUUAGGCGAGGCCUUGUGAGAUAUGUACACAGCAGGAUUAGACAUUACGGGUAUUUUUCAAUUUAUCUUGGGUUGCUUGCCCUUAAAACUAAAACACAAAAUUGUCAGAGAGCAUAAACAGGCAUGUAACCCUAGUAGGAAAAUUAUUCGAAUUUGCUGCAGUUUCUCUAAGAAGGGUGUGGAAUGCCACUAGCCAGAUGGCCUUGAACUCCCGAGGGUAGCAUGGGUGUGGGUGUCCCCACCCCCAGCCCUGCUUUGCUGGGCCUCAGUUUGGAAACUUGGUCAGGCUUUUGCUUGGUUGUUACCUUUGCACCUGUCCUUAUUGACAUGCAAAAUCAAUUGCUUCACUUGGUCUUUCCGCAGUACAGGGUGUGGGCAGAAUCUUAUCUGAAGCCAUGUCCUGUUUGGACAAGUUGGACUUGCCUUGGCAACUCUCCAUAGGGUGGAGCAGAUGGGUGGAGGCAGGAAAGUAAAAUUGGGUGGCUUGUUAGCAGAGAGACGAGAGAGGGUGGGUUGUUUGCUCACUGGAUCAUUGUAUUUCAUCUGAAACGAAAUAAUUAACUUCUUUGCCGUUUACAAUACACAUUAAUGCAAAAUAAUUCAUGAGGGGCAAAGAUUUAGAAACAACCCGUGGACUUUUUCUCCUUUUCAAACCAGCCAUAGAAGAGUAAGACAGGUGAAAAUCGCGGAGUGGCAUGAACAUUUCCAAGAAUGUCCGGGUAGGAAUUUCCAGGCAGGAAUUUCCAGGCCGAACACCAGAGCACCCUAGAAGGUUUAACUAAAAGAAUGCUCAUGUUUGACCCAGUUCCUGUCAAGCAAGAGGCCAUGGACCCUGUCUCAGUGUCAUACCCAUCUAAUUACAUGGAAUCCAUGAAGCCCAACAAAUAUGGGGUCAUCUACUCCACACCAUUGCCCGAGAAGUUCUUUCAGACCCCAGAAGGCCUGUCACAUGGCAUACAGAUGGAGCCAGUGGACCUCACGGUGAACAAGCGGAGUUCACCCCCUUCGGCUGGGAAUUCGCCCUCCUCUCUGAAGUUCCCGUCCUCACACCGGAGAGCCUCGCCUGGGUUGAGCAUGCCAUCUUCCAGCCCACCGAUAAAAAAAUACUCACCCCCUUCUCCAGGCGUGCAGCCCUUUGGCGUGCCACUGUCCAUGCCACCAGUGAUGGCAGCUGCUCUCUCACGGCACGGAAUACGGAGCCCGGGGAUCCUGCCCGUCAUCCAGCCGGUGGUGGUGCAGCCCGUCCCCUUUAUGUACACGAGUCACCUCCAGCAGCCUCUCAUGGUCUCCUUGUCGGAGGAGAUGGAAAAUUCCAGUAGUAGCAUGCAAGUACCUGUAAUUGAAUCAUAUGAGAAGCCUAUAUCACAGAAAAAAAUUAAAAUAGAACCUGGGAUUGAACCACAGAGGACAGAUUAUUAUCCUGAAGAAAUGUCACCCCCCUUAAUGAACUCAGUGUCCCCCCCGCAAGCAUUGUUGCAAGAGAAUCACCCUUCGGUCAUCGUGCAGCCUGGGAAGAGACCUUUACCUGUGGAAUCCCCGGAUACUCAAAGGAAGCGGAGGAUACACAGAUGUGAUUAUGAUGGAUGCAACAAAGUGUACACUAAAAGCUCCCACUUGAAAGCACACAGAAGAACACACACAGGAGAAAAACCCUACAAAUGUACAUGGGAAGGAUGCACAUGGAAGUUUGCUCGGUCUGAUGAACUAACAAGACAUUUCCGAAAACAUACUGGAAUCAAACCUUUCCAGUGCCCGGACUGCGACCGUAGCUUCUCCCGUUCUGACCAUCUUGCCCUCCAUAGGAAACGCCACAUGCUAGUCUGAUCGCCUCUGUGUCCUGCCUCAGCGUGACUCCCCACUCACCUGGCUCUCUCUCUGUCCUGCCUCCCAUUAUCUAACACAUUUUUUACAUGUACAUUUUAAUUUGAUUCAGCUGGUCUGAAUCUCGGAAUUUAUAUCAUCCAAAACUUCCAUAUGGUCAGUAGUAGACGUUCUCUAAUCCUCCCUCUCCUUACCACGGGUCAGACCUAAAGAAUGUGAACACUUUUUUUUUUUUUUUUUUCCUCUGGGGAUGCUAAGCAAACCCUUCUUAUAGAUACGUUUAAUGUAAUAAGAACAAGGGAACAUGUAAACUAACAUAACCAAUUGUCAGUUCUCCAUGUAUUCCUCAAAAGAAUGUCAGAGUAAAUGUAUUAGAAAUACAGUAUCCAGACUGCUAGUCCUUGCCAGAGACAUUCUUACCUCUGCCCUGUGAUAAUAUUUUAUGCUUGACAGUGAAAACAAGGGUGGCCCCUUGCACCGGUUAGCUAGAAGUACAGCAAGAUUUCAAGCUAGUGCAGUCACCUCUUCCGUCAUCCUUCACAAAUCUUGUCAGCCUGGAUCUUAGACUUCAUCUGAAUCAAGUUCUUUGCCCUCCUUUGUGCCUGCAGCUCAUAUGGAGGUCUUUGCCACCAAUGGGAGAUGAGCCCAAACUUUGGAUCUAGGUGGGUGAUGUGUAGUGGUUCAAGGGAAGAGUGCUGUGCUUUCAUAGCAUGGAGUCGGAGGAGAGGGCCGUUGAGCAGUGGGGAGCAGAAGAGGCAAUUCCUCCUGGGCUAGGGGUUGUCAGUGAGGUGUGAACAUUUUGUUAGCUGUGUGCAGCAUUCCCAGAGCUUCAGUCUCUGUGCAUUCUCAGCUUUGCAGAACCAUGCUGCAAAGCCACAUACCGAUGGGGUUAUCCAUGCAACUAUCUCCAUUCCUACAAUGUCCUUAAUAUGAGAUCAUCAAACAUUGAUAGUAGGGACUCUGUGGAAUAUUUGCCCAGUAAUGGUAAGAAAUCUUUUGGGUAAGAGUAUGGAUGGUUCUUCUUUUACCCAAUCUGCUUAUAGCUUUUUUUGUAAACAGGGAAAUGUUGAGUGGUACUUGUAUUCCCUUAUCAAAUUAAUCACAUAGCUUUUAUACAGAAACUCUUCUGUGUGAGCUGUAAGGUGCCAAAUUUGCUGUCACUUGUAUUCAUGACACAUCCCAUAAAGCAUCUGCUAAUGCUUUAAGAGAUUGAUUCAAUUAAGACCUGAGUGACACUAUUUGUAAAUAUAACUAGUUGUGAAGCACACAUACCUUUAUUUUGGGAAUUUAUGAAAAAAUAUAGAAAACCACAGAUCAGGGAUUCAUAUAUGUAGCUCAAAAAUUCCCAAAAGUUUACUGUUAGAGCUGGCAGUUUCCUAUCACUGUUUCAGUGUCAGAACAAACUGAAAAUAAUGGCUCGUGUUUAUGUUGAAGAUAAAUAGCACCAUUAUUGGGGGAAGUUAUUCAAAAGCAGGCUUUUGAGCACCAUAGUCUAAAUGCCAAUAAAAAUAAUUCAUACAUAGAAAUGUCAUUGGUCCUAAAUUUGAAGAAAGUGAGCAACAAUAGUUAAAUGAACCAAAUUCCCCUUCAUCAAGAAUGGAGGAGAAGAGAGAAGAAUGAAAUCCUGAAGAUUCAUCCCAGCCACAACUCAGGAUCCAACACAACUUUAACUGGGAGGAAUACAUUGUUUGGUCAUUUUUAAAACAUCUGUGAAUGAGUGAUUCUGGAGGCCUGUGAAUUGUGUGGGGAGCUUGCUUUGAUGGCACUAUGUUAAUAAAAGUUGUAGGGACUGUGCACCUAAGGUUAAGAGGUCCCACUCAUCCGCCCUGUGAACCAGCUGUAAAGAAAUGUAGUUGAGAAAUGCAAAGAAAUGUGUUAUCUUGGCACUUGGGUUUGAUUUUCCUUUUUUUAUAGCACUGCAAAAUUUCUUUAGGAUAUUAAAACAUCCUAAUUGGGCUGUUUGUUUUGUUUUUCAGCUAAAGGUAAAAAUUUUUUUUUUUAGCUAAAGUUUUUCUUUUUUGCAACUAUGACAUAAAUUGAGUGAUAAAAUGGCUCUUUGAAAAGUAGAUAUAGUCUGUAUUGUAAAAGCUUAGUCAUAUUCAUGGCAAAGUGUUCAUUUCUUGAGAUGGUUCUUCCACAACACACAAGAAUCAAGAUGGAACGCAAGGAAAACCUUUUUGUUUUUGUUUUGACCGAGGUAACCAGUUUAUGUGUGUUCCAAUCCACAGAGAAGUGGGGAAAGGGUGAGAAAGGAUCAGAUUGAUCUGGGAUCAGCUUGGAGCCUGAGUUCAGCCUCAUGGGCAUCUCAUGGAAUUGAUGCAUUUGCUGUGGCAUAUUUAAAUUUUGUUCAAAAGAUUUUAAGCAAGACCUUGCAAAGACUCUUAAAUGUUACAGUUCAGCUUGCUUAGAUUGUGUUAACAGUUCAUUUAACAAAGAUCCAUUUUAACUCUGGAACAAAAGCAACCCAGAGCAUCCAUUCUCUAUUCCCAUGCUGGUCGAUAUGCUUUCAUUACCAAUUGGCCCUUACCAAACUUUUCUUAUAUAUAUAUUUGUAUUUUACUAUGAUAGUUGAGAAAUUUAGCCUCUUAGUCAUUUUUAGCUGUUAUUGUGGAAGACCUCAAAUACAAGAUUAGAUGCCCUUGAACAUGUUUUAAUGAUGUGUGUCAUGUUACUACCAAUGGCGAUUUCAGUCGCAAUAUUUUAAAUUGAUGAGAAUGAUUUGUAAACAUGAAGUUGCUAUUAUGUAAAUUCUGUUUGUUAUAGAGUUUCUUCAAUUGUUACCCAAGUGUCAUCCUAGAGAAGUCAGAAGAAUCAGAAUCCAUUGUAUUUUAGAGUUAUGUGAAUCUACAUCAUAAAUGGGCAUUAACAUUCUAAAUUGCUUGGUUUGGAGACUGUGUUAGCAGCAUAGCUAUAUUCAACUAGGGAGAUGCUAAAUACACAGAAGUUUCAAGAGCCUUGGAACAGAAUUACAGGGGAACUAUAUAUGUAUAUGUAUAUUUUAUUAAACACCCAUCUGCACUAUCAGUAUUGCACUAAUGUGGAAUUUGAAAGACUAUUUUGCUGAUACUGUAUAUCUGCGCAUCAUUCCUGAUUAGAUUGUUUUAAAGACAAUCUGAAAGAUCUAAGGUUUUAAAAUAAUUUGGUUUGAAAAUAUACAGUUGUCUUGAAGGAAUUGCUGUCAUACAUGAAGUUGCUCCAAGCUGUCUUUAUUCUCUUCUUGGUCAAGGUUAACAAUUGCUAAAUGAUCGCAAAUUCACCUAAACAAUACAUUUACAAAGCCAUCUUUACAUGCAUUAAACGAGGGCUACAACGAUAUUGUUUUACAAAUACUAGCACUUUUUUUCUGUUAUGUACUUAGUGUUAGAGGGUCAAAAUAAUCUUUCUGCUUAGCAUCUCUUAAACCAUACCUGCAAAUAUAGCAGGAUUAUUACAUUUACAGUACUUUAAUACUUGUAUAAACUAUGCAGAAAUUUUUAAUAAAGUGUAAUAUAUUUUAUAAGCUAAUAAGACUGAAUGGGUAAAGGUUUUUAGCAUGCAUUAGUAUACUUGCAGAUACUGAAACAUUUUGGUAAUCUUUCUUACUAAAGAUGUGAAUGUUUAAUGUACCUUCUCUGUUUCUACUCUGUAGUCCAAUGGGAAUUCAGUAAUGACAUUUUGUCAUGUCAAACUGUGAACAUAAAUUUGUACUGUACAGUCCUCAUAUACUAUAUACAGUAUGCAAUAUAUAUUAUAUACUUGUUAAUAAAACCAUCAGAAUAUUAAA